UCCUCCAGCUUCGGGAGCCGCUUCCGCUCGCCAUGGAGGAGGCAGGCAACCCCGAAAGAGAGCCUCUGCUCGCGGCGCCGCCGCCGACGGCGGCUCCCGGCGGCCCCCGAGGGCUGGGGCGCCUCUACUCGGGCGGGGACAGCGCCGCCUCGGGCGACGGAGGAGACGGCGGCGGCUCCGAGGCCUCCCGGUCUCCCCCGGGCGGGAACGGUGAGCCCAGGGGGGCGUCGACGUCGGUGGGGAAUCGACUGCUGGAUCCUGAAGCCGGGGACGCGGGCCGGGCAGGGCUGGUGGGGCAAGAGCGAGUCCACUGCAGGGCUCGAGUUCUGACCCUGGAGGUGCCCGGGCUUGAGCCAACCUAGAAGUUGCAUCCUGUGAUGCCCAAGAGCCGUCCCUUCAUCCUCACCUGCAGGGGGCUGAUUGGAGGGGGUGGGGGGUGAGGCGCCUGCAGCACAAGCCUCGGCAUGCGCUCUCUCUCUCUCUCUCUCUCUCUCUCUAAUUUUUAUUCAAUUUUCUGUUUUACCAUUUUAAAUACUCAUUUAAACAUCCUUAAAAUACCAGUGACUUUCCUCCUUCUCUUUCCAUGGCCCAUUUUGUAUAUCAUAAAUCCCUGCAUCUUUUACAAAAACUAAACCGUUCAUCAUUCCAUUAUUACAUCCAUCUCUGCAUGCUUUCUCUCAAUAGGGUUUCCUCUCCCCGGUAAGUUAGGUGUGGAAUCGCAUAGCUUUCACAACAGAGGAGUUUGUUCCUGCUCAGGGAGCCCUUGCACUGAAAAUGGGCGCCCUUGGUCAGUAAGGCCUGCAUGGGUUCUAAAGUGCCCCUGAACAUGUGCAGACAGGAGGACUCAAGGUCCGCUACCAGCACCUCAGAGACCUCGUGAGGCAUUUUCAGAGCAGCAAAUGCAACUUUCUCAGGAUUAGAAAUUAAUCGCUGUUACAGGCUUUUGCCCCACCGUUUGCUGUGCUGUAACCGUAGCCUCCUGUUUAUGAUGGUCUCUGCUGGGUAGGUGUGGCAGCAUUCCUUCUGUUUUACUUCUUUGCCUGCUUAAAUAUUGUUGGGUAAGCUGGAGUUGCAAGAAAGAGCAGAGAGAGAGAGAAAAUUACAUGGGUGCCAUGUAGGACAAUACCUAUAGAGCCUGUACUUUAGAUGGUACAAUGAAACAUCAACAUUGGAUGCAUACUUCUUGUGCCUUGUGUCAACUUCUGUGAUGGAAGUGGUACAGCAGAUCUGCUAAUUGACUGUCUGCAUUUCUGGAUUACAGAGCCAUUUACUAAUCCACCCAUGUUAAAUCGUACAAACAAUUCCAUGGCCUGGAAUGUUGCAGGUCCAGUGCCACAUCCCCAGGGAUACCCUCCCAAUAAAUACAGAACAGGAACUCCACAGUUCACAUAACAGUAGGAAAGCAAUCGAUUUUCAUAGAACAUGUUUACAUAUUGUUUCAGCAAGGAUUUCAUGCACUCCCAUCAGUCAUUUGCAUUUGCAAUAGCUAAGUCUAGCUCAGACUUUUGUGCCUUUUCCCUGAAUUAUUUGAACUCUAAAGUACUGUAGAUGCACAGUGCUAUGGUAAAUGUCAGCGUAGUGACGGGCACCAUUUACAUCCAAGUUUUUAACUGAGACGAUUCAUCUGUGUUGGGGAUUAGUCAUUCAUUUCCACAUCUUGAGAAGUCACUCUCCCUAUAAUCUCUAGGGCACACCCAAGUUCCACCCACAAUAACAUUUGGAAAUCAUUUGUUCAUACUUUCCUGGACAACGUGAAUACUUGGCUUAAGAGAAGGGCACAACAUUUUUAGAACAGGGGGGCUGUGUUUGAAGCAUGUAAGAACAUACAGAGUGCCCUUGCUGGAUCAUGCCAAAGGUCCAUCUAGUCUAGCAUCAGUGGCCAACCAAAUGUCUACAGGAAAUCUGCUAGAAGGGCAUGAGUGCAGCAGCACUCUCCCUAUAUGCAUCCCCAGUGACUAGUAUUCAGAGGCAUACAGGGUUCGAAAUUAGCAGGGUGUCAGGUGCAUUUUGCACCUAAAGAUUCUCCAUUUACGAGCACCUCCAAAAGCCUGGGUGCCAUUUUUUGCACCUGGCUGACACUCAAGGAUUACUGAAAUAUACGUUCUUUGAAGCUUCGUAGUAUAUGUUAAGGAUAGACAAUAUGUUAAGGAGUUUAACAAUAAAGAGUAGAGUGUUUUGAAAACAGAAGUAUGGUACCAAUAUUUUUUAUUGUAAACACCAAAUUAAACAUGUUUUAACAAUUUAUGUUAAAAAUGUAGUAUUAACAAUGUGUUACUUAUGUGAAUUGCAUAUUAUCAAAGUAAUAAAUAAAAAGUGUUGCCAACUCCCCCUCCCCCGGCGACUAGACAUUCUGUUUUGGCGCCCACAACCCAGGUCCCAGGAGUCAUUUCGCUCCUAGCUUUCCUAUCCCAGUUUCUAACACUGGAGGCAUACCACCUUCGACACUGAAGGUACAUCACUGUGUUCAGUUCAGAUGCACCAUUCCUUCUAAUGUGGAACUUUGUGUGGUGGUGGGAGUAGUACUGCAAGUUUGCAGCAGAAGUUUGUUUGCACAAGACUGAUUGACUGAUGGCCAUAGUCUAGCCCCCAAUUUCCUCUUUUUCCAUCUUCAGGGCAAUUUUGCACUUUAAAACGUUUCCUUUAAAAAAUAUUAAUUGAAUAGAUUAACUUGCAAAUGGUGCUUUUUAAAAUGUUGGGCAGCCUGGGCAAAGCAGCAUAGGGACAAGACCCAUCAUGGCAGCAUUGGCAUUUGUUUCCUGCUAUAUACAGCUGUCACUUCAGUUGCAAAACUGGAAGAAAGGGAAGUUCACUGGGUAUCUGAGCUGGGCAGCCUGCUGUGAGCUUUGCAGUAUGUUCCAGAAUUUUAUCUCCUGCAGACAAGGAGCUAGAACAUGGGAAGUCAAUGCGCCUUGCAGAUGUGGAUCACAACUUCCAUUAUCCCUAACCAUUGACCAUUGAUGAUGCAAGUUGCAGUCCAAAACAUCUGAAGGGUACCAUGUUGGCUAUGUCUGGGAUGGAGGUUCCUUCUCCUGAGCUAUUCCGGCUUUAGAAGGGCAAUGCACUUGUCUCUUGAGUGCUUCUAUUGCAUUCCCUGGUGUCUACUUUUAGGAUUUGGACCCCAGUCCACCAAGAACGUCUUCACAAGCUUCAUUACAAUGGAUGGGAGUGAUGCAAGAGCACAGCUCUUAACAUGCAUGUUUGCUUCUAGAGCUUCUUAUUCCAUAGAGCCUGAUAUGUGAUCUUGCUUGUUGGCUCACUGCCUAUUUUGGGUGCAACUUUGUAUCCAAAAGUCUCAGACUUGCUUGUUACAGGAAUGGUUUGUUGCUGCUUUCCUGUAAUUGGUUUCACCAUGCGGAUUUGUCAGUACUCCCUCUGCUAAUUUACUUGCCUGCAUGCCCUUGGUGGAGGAGAGUGAAAGUAAGGACAGCACCAAAUGAGGGGUAAUCUGCUGCAACCCUCUAUUUACAAUUGCUGCUGUUUCCUUGAGUUAAAACCCUUUCAUCUUAAACAAGAGGGAAGCGGUAAACAAUGUGAAAAUUACCUCAUGUAUGAGGCAGUUUUGAAGUAAAUCAAGAGUGUCUUAGGUUGCAAGCCUGAGAAGACAUAUUAGGGAGGAAGCUCUGAGGAGCACAGUGAGAAUUACUUCAGAGCAAAUAUGCAGAGCAUUGCGCUGCACGUGAAAUUUCUCACUGGACAUGCUUUAGCAUGUAGAUGUGAUUGCAGCUGGAAAUCAGAAAGGAAAUAGGUGGGAGCCAGAACAUUCUUGUCGCAUCCUGUUAACCAGGAAACUGUCCAAAAUGACUGAAAUCAUGAUCAAAAGGGUAAUUGUGAAUGGCCCCUCAUAUUCCUUCCGGACCACUCAAUUAACAUUAGUUUUUGAAGGUUCAGCCACACAAAAAAAGCUGAAGAUUAGCCAGUACAUUGGUACCUCGUGUUAAGUACUUAAUUUGUUCUGGAGGUCCGUACUUAACCUGAAACUGUUCUUAACCUGAAGCACCACUUUAGCUAAUGGGGCCUCCUCCUGCUGCUGCGCCGCCGGAGUACAAUUUCUGUUCUCAUCCUGAAGCAAAGUUCUUAACCUGAAGCACUAUUUCUGGGUUAGCGGAGUCUGUAACCUGAAGCAUAUGUAACCUGAAGCGUAUGUAACCUGAGGUACCACUGUAAUUCAAAAAUACUUUUUUUCUUGAUGCCAAAGUUCCUGAAAUAUGACUAUAUAGCAUUCUGGCUCUUUAGAAAAAAAGUACUUUUUGGGCACAUUAGCAAUAAACUCUGAACCAUUUCUAAAGGAAACUAAUGAAGCAGUUUGGUGUCCUGCCAUUAAGGCAAUGUCACCCACCUAUUAGGAUGAUGUUACCAAAUUGUCAGGUGGCCAUGGUUUAAGAAAAAUGGUCUCAUGUGCCAUAUUGGAACCCCUGCUGGACCAUGAUUUGCCCAAAGGCUGAAGGUUCUCCAUCUCUGCUUUAAGGGGAACAUUACAGAUUUCUCCUCAAUUGAUUUUUGUUUGUUUGUUUUAGCACAAAUUUGGCACUGGUGGCAUCUUCAGUCUUCCUUCCUAAUAUAUGCGAGCUCAGCACAGCAGAGAUAGGUAUAAGGCUAACACAUGAAUGUUCACGUCAUUACUGCUGUUAUAUUGGUUUAGAUAACCUAAAAUCCAGUGCUUGGAUUAAUACACAGAGCCUUGUAUUAAUCCUGAUGGUAGGUCAGUAGAAGGGCUCUCAGCUUCCUUUCCUCCUUCCUUCUCCUAUUGUAUUCACUGAAAAGAGGCUUGAGAUGUGAUGACACAUAGUCUGACAUCCUCAGCAGCCAAAAGGCUAAAUUAAGCAAUACCAACACUUUGUGUGGGAUCUUCAUGAUUAAUGAAACUAGCUAUUAGCUUUGUUGGGAUCACAGAAAUGACUGUUGUAUCUUUGCAGUUGCCGAUGACCAAAAUCCCUACUUGAACCAAGCAGUAGUGUUCAUUGAAGAUGCAAUUCAGGUAAAUGUCUCAUCUGCCAGGCUAUGGCCAAAGUGGAGAUAACUGAUUAGUGCCCAGCAAAAUAAACUAUUGCAUAGGACUUGAGUAUUCUGUUUUCCUGGUGAGCUGCCAGUUUAUGGCACACAGUUACAUUAACGUUAGGCUCAGCAGUCUGGUCUUACCAGCUGUGCAGUAAGAGACUGCCCUAAAUAAUUUUAGGGAAGCUUGAUUUCUGCAUAUUUGUGUUUACAUCUCUUUGGACAACCGGGAUUGCAUAAUUAUUGCUCAUGGCAAUUGUAAGAGCCGUUCCGUGUUGGGAAAUCAGCUUGUUUAAAGGUUAGUGGAUGUUGCCUUGAAUAGUGCAUGCCUAUAUCAAUUGAUAUGGCUUGACUUUGAAUAACAGAGCAAUUGUGAUGCCUGAGCGAUCAAUCUUGCCUUUCAUCUCUCUAGUAUCGUUCCAUAAAUCACCGUGUGGAUUCUUACUCCUUGUGGCUUUAUCGGCGGUAUUACUCAGAAGUUUGCCAAUGGUGAGAAACUGGGCUCUUUUCUCUUGCUUAUCUCUGAUGCUUAGAGCCUCUGUCACUCUCUGACUCCACAAAUCCUUGGUUCCUCUGUCAAUCCAAGGCAUUUUUGUAUUUUCCUAACUAUCCCUCUUGGGAUUUCCUAUCUGGCUUCUGCAAGUCAGCAGCUACGUUGGCCACUUUCAUUUUGCAGCAAUAACCAUGAUGCCUCUCUCCAGCACUCCCAAGUUGGUAGGCUGGAGAAAGAGACCUUUUGCUAAACAAUGUGACAUUGCUACAAAUAUUGCUAGUCAUCACAGAUAUAAAAUCACCCCGUCCAACCAAAUGCCUGUGGAAAACUCACAAACAGAAUGUGAGUGCAGCAGCACUCCACAGCUGCUGUUCCCCACCAACCUUUAGUCAGAGGCCUUAUUAGAGUAUUUCAGCCACAAUUUAAAUCUUUAUUUAAAAUGAUGUUUAUAAGAUGAAACAGAAUUUGCACUUUUGCCUGCUCUUGUGAUAGCAUAACACCCCACUGGAUGAAAGCAGAGGUAUGGGAAACCAGAAAUGGUUGAAUAGCACAAUCCUAUGCAUGUCUACUCAGAAAUACAACCCACUGCAUUCAAGAGAACUUAUACAUAGUAUACAUAGGAUUUCAACCCACGAGUUGAAUUCAACAUAAUGUUAAGCAGAAUGUGCUCCUCCUCUGUGCCCCCCUGCAUCUGUUCUGGGGGAUCCCCCAACCCUCCAGAGUAGCUUUGGGGAUAGCGUGGGGAGGAGGGGGCAAUCCCUUUGUGGUGGUGUUAAUCCUGUUUAAGUGAAUACCACCUACAUUUCUUAUUUCUUCCUUUUUCUUUUUUUGGUUAUUUAUAUUUUUUUGGAAGUUAUUUCAAUUAAAAGAAAUAAAGUGAAACAGAAAAAAAGAAGGGAAAGUAAGGGGGGAAAUAACAACAAAGACACAUAUGAAAAGAAUAGAUAGACAGAUAUGCAAAAAUGAAUAUAUUAUAUUUCCAUACAUUCUUAUAUAAAUUGGUAUCGUGUUAUUAUCCUUAAUACUUACAGUAUGUAAAUGUUAAUAGCCUACUACAUUUUGCAUAAAGUCCUUCCAAAUAUUAUCAUAUUUAUCCAAGCAAAGUCUGUAUCUGUAAGCAUUCUGUUCACAGGUUGCGAGUGUUGUCAUAUUGUCAAUUCAUUUUUAAAAAGAAAUCCUUAAGAAAAAUUCCCAGGAUUACAAAAAUAAAUGCAGAUACCCUCUACCCUGUUUUAAGUUGUGAUACAUUCCAUGUUAUUAAUCAUCCUUUAUUCCUGCCCUUCUUCCCAAAGUACCCCAGAGUGGCAAACAACAAAACAAAUUUACUUGUUUAGAAACAAGCCAAAUAUCCUCACAAUUAAUCAUUUGAAAGCUGCCAGAAUGUAUUUUUCAGCCACCAAAUGCAUGAGCGAACAGGAAUGUUUUAAAAUCCUGCCUAAACAUUAAUAACAUAGGCCAAUGACACCCCCCCAGGGCGUUCCAUAGGACAUGGGUUGCUACUGAAAAGAACCUGUCAUAGUUCAGCACCAGUUCCCGACUUUGUCAGCCUUCAUCUCCUAAGCUAGGAAAAUGUCACAUUUCCAGAUCCUCACUAUCACAAGCUUAGUUGCAAAUGGCAAGAAUGCCAAAACGUGUUGGUGAUAAUUUAAAUCCUCAUGGCUUGAAAGUGAGGAAUAUCACUCAAAUACGUGUGGUAUCUAUAGCAGGUGUUGGAAAUCUUUGGCCCUCCAGAUGUUGCUGAACUACAACUUCCAUCAAAUGUUGCCAUUGGCAGCACUUGCUGGUGUUGAUGGGAAUUGUGGUUCAGCAACAUUUGGAGGGCCAGAGAUUCCCCAUGCCUGAUCUGCAGUGUUCGCUAUUGCAAAAAAGGGCUUGGUUUUAUCAGCCACAUUUUUAAAGGCCUCUCUGUGAGCACUGCAGCAUUAACAAUGGUACUACCAUUAGGUCAUUGUCUUGUUGCAUUGUAUAUUUGAUAAAGGGGACCCACACUGGGGUGAAGGUGUCCUCCUUUGAUUGUCUCUAUGCUAGUUUAAGUUUGUUGGUUAACUUUACUAGUAGGGUGGUUGCCUACCCCCCCCAAAACCCCCCCACAGCAUACACAUCAAUAUGGCUAAUAAGACCCAACACUCGCCCCUCUAACACAUGUAAACAAACCAUGCUGCAACCAACCAAACACAACCAACCAAGCUUUGGAACAUCCCCCUCCCAAUCUCUCGCAAUGCCAAUAAAAAUGAACCCAUAUAUAAAUAAAACACCUACUCAGGUGAUGCUGACCCAAAAACCCUGCACAAAAACUAUGCAAUAGAAUAAAAGUUCAUUAUCCCACCCUCUCCCUCCCUCUCUCCCCUCUUUCCCCCAGUCGCACAGUGUCUCAUACUGAAUGUAAAUGAACUGUGAAAAAGAUUCUAAAGUAGAGACGCUAUAUGUACUUUCCCCUGUUCGUUUCUUUUGUAACAGAAAAAACCUCAAGUAAAAACUAAUUUUAAAAAAAUGGUUUUACUAUUAAUAGUCAUCGUAUCAGCUAUUCACACUUGUAGAUACAGUGGCUUCAUCAUGUAUCAGUCCACACAAAACUUUCACCCUCUUCCAAGGGCAUGCUAUCCUUACCAACCUAAUAUACCGUAUUUUUCGGACUAUAGGACGCACCGGCCCAUAGGACGCACCUAGUUUUCAGGGGGGGAAAUCAAGGAAAAAAAUAUGAUUUCCCCCCCGCAGCUCUGGGAGCAGCGGACAGGCGGCACGCCGCCUGUCCGCUACACCAAGACCAUCUCCCUGCUUUUGCGGGAGGUGGCGGAAUUCCCCCACCUCCCGCAAAAGCCCACAGAGCCCGCGCGACUCCUGCGGGCUUUUCGACCAGGAGGGAGAAGGGACUGAAACGGCCAGUCAGUCCUUCUCCCUCCUCGGGAAAAGCCCCCAAGACGGCGCGCUAUUUAAAGGGUGCGCGGCUCCUGCAGGCUUUUCUAGGAGGUGGGGGAAUUCCCCCCCCCCCCUCGUAGAAAAGCCAGCAGUAGCCGCGGAGCCCCUUUAAAGAGCACGAGGCUUUUGCGGGCGUUUGCGGGAGGUGGGGAAUUCCCCAUCUCCCCCAAAGCUCCCUAGGAAGGAGAAGGGACUGACUGGCCGAGUCAGUCCCUUCUCCCUCCUGGGGGAAAAGCCCCCAAGAGCCGCUCGCUCUUUAAAGGGUGCGCGGCUCCUGCGGGCUUUUCUAGGAGGUGGGGGAAUUCCCCCCCCGUAGAAAAGCCAGCAGAAGCCGCGGAGCCCCUUUAACGAGGGCGCGGCUUGUGCGGGCUUUUGCGGGAGGUGGGGGAAGUCCCCCAUCUCCCCCCACAGCCCGCAGGAGGGAGAAGGGACUGACUGGCCGAGUCAGUCCCUUCUCCCUCCUUGGGGAAAAGCCCCAAGAGCCGCUUGCUCUUUAAAGGGUGUGCGGCUCCUGCGGGCUUUUCUAGGAGGUGGGGAAUUCCCCACCUCCUAGAAAAGCCAUGGAGCCCUUUAAAGAGCGCGCGGCUUUGCCUGCUUUUGCGGGAGGUGGGGAAUUCCCCAUCUCCCGCAAAAGCCCAAAGGAGGGUUGGAGAGUAGCGGGAGGGCGUCGCGCGCCUUCCCGCUGCCCCAUCCUCUGGGGCUGGCGAUGGGGAAGCGCUGCUUUCCCCACCGCCAGCCUCGAGCCGGGUUGGAGGGUAGCGGCACGGCGUCGCGCGCCUUCCUGCUGCCCCCCAUCCUCUGGGGCUGGCGAUGGGGACGCGCUGCAUUCCCCACCGCCAGCCUCGCAGCCGGGUUGGAGGGUAGCGGCAAGGCGUCGCGCGCCUUCCUGCUGCCCCCCAUCCUCUGGGGCUGGCGAUGGGGGAAGCGCUGCUUUCCCCACCGCCAGCCUCGAAGCCGGGUUGGAGGGUAGCGGCAAGGCGUCGCGCGCCUUCCUGCUGCCCCCCAUCCUCUGGGGCUGGCGAUGGGGGAAGCGCUGCUUUCCCCACCGCCAGCCUCGACGCCGGGUUGGAGGGUAGCGGCAAGGCGUCGCGCGCCUUCCUGCUGCCGCCCAUCCUCUGGGGCUGGCGAGGGGGGAUGCGCGGCGUUCCCCACCGCAAUCCUCGAAGCCGGGUUGGAUGGUAGCGGCACGGCGUUGCGCGCCUUCCCGCUGCCCCCCCCCAUCCUCUGGGGCUGGCGAUGGGGAAGCGCUGCUUCCCCCAUCGCCAGCCCCAAAGAGCAGACUCUCCUGGCUUCAGCGGAAGCAACGCGAAGCCUCCGGAGCGCAGGCUUCGGAGGCUUCGCAUUGCUAUCGCUGAAGCCGAGGAGUCUGCAUUCGCUCCAUAGGACGCACACACAUUUCCCCUUCAUUUUUGGAGGGGAAAAAGUGCGUCCUAUGGUCCGAAAAAUACGGUAUGCAUUCGCCUAACAGUGUAACAUGUGAACCAAGCAAUUGCAGGUAUAACUGGCAGCAAUAGCUGGAAAAGAAUGGUGCUGCAGCUGGCUGAAUUUUUUGCUCUCGUCGUUCGUAUGCCCCUCUGGUCCUUGUUUAGAGAACAGUUAGCACUACUUGGGUGUGGAGCAAAAACCUGUCUGAGCUGAUCCUGUGAGCUGAAGCCAUUUUUAUUUGUUUUUUGAUUUCUGAACUAAAAGCAUGUCACUGAAUGUACUAGGUGAUGCCUGAAUGGCUUGGCCGGCUUUCGGUCCAAAGAGAUUGGAAUGAAGGGCUUGAUCUCUUUCUGCUGUACUAUCACUUUGCAGGGAGGUAACUAUUGCACAUCAUUGUGCUAUAAAAAGGCUUUCAGUUGUCCAGUUAGGCUCAAUCCCAUAUACUAUGCGUUUUAACUGCUCCUGAUAUUAAGCGAUUGUAUGGCUGUAUAUUCUUUUUGGCCAAGUAGCUUUUAGGAGGAUAUGUUUUUCAUUCAGUAAUCACAUUGAUCUUCCUUUGCUCUUAAAGGAUUUUGAUUGCCACCAUUACACUAAUCCUGGCUCUUGCUUUCAUCGAAACGCCUUCUUCAUUUACUGUCACGUCGGACAUACGAUACCGCUUGGAACCCUGGGAGCCUCCUUGUGGCUUGACGGAGAGCAUUGAGCUGCUUUGCUUCCUUGUCUUUAUAGCAGAUGUCUCUGUAAAGGUGAGCAAUGACACAUUUGAUGCCACUUGGAAAAUCUCCAGGUUCAUGAGGUGCAUUUGAAUUGCCCACACUUCCCUAUGUGGAAUAUAUGGAAUAACCAAUGAAUUCCAACAUGAUUCUGGGCUCUAUGCUUCAGAAAUGGGAAAAUUAGGAAAUGGCUCUUUUGAAAAGCCUCCCCAUCAGUGAAGGCUUCAUUUUCAUGAUGACUGGUCCAGCCCUUUUUAGAAAGAGUAUAUCAAAAUUAGUCGCACUUUAGUUUUGUAAAUCUUUCUGCGAAAGAAAAUGUUACAGUGAUCUAACAACUGUUUAAACAUGUAUUGUAUUGCUUCAUCAGAGUUACUUAAUAGGAUGGGAAGAGUUUCGGAAAACCAAGUGGUUGAUGGCAUAUAUCCUGGUGCUGGUAGUCUCCCUUGCAGACUGGACUGUUUCACUGAGCUCUUCCUGUGGUGAGGUAAGGAUUAUAUGUGUGUAUGUCACUGAGGCAGGGGCUACAGAGAAGGAGGGUCAGAUUGAGCAAGUUGAGCAAGCAACAAAAACAUUUUUACUUUUGCAAAACUUUUGAGUUUGUAAUCUGAGAGCAUCCUCUGCUUAUAUACUUACAACUUGGAGCAAGCACAGCUCAAAGUCCCACUCUGCUGUGAAGUUGUUGUCAUUGGCCUUUUUAUCCUGUCCUCCUAACCUCUUCCUCCCCCAUGUUAUCCUGUGAGGUAGGUUAGGCCCAGAGUCACCCAGUGCACUUCCUGUCUAAGUGGGAACUUGAAUCUGGGUCUCCCUCAUUUCCUUUUAACACUCUAGCCUUCAUUCCAUAUUGGCAUCUCAGCUGAAAGUUCAAAUCUCCAUUCAGUCCUGAAGCACACUGGGUAACUUUGUAAUGUUUAACUUUUUAAUUUUAUUAUAUUUAAAAUAUCUCUAUACAGUGGUACCUUGGGUUAAGUACUUAAUUUGUUCCGGAGGUCCGUACUUAACCUGAAACUGUUUUUAACCUGAAGCACCACUUUAGCUAAUGGGGCCUCCUGCUGCUGCUGCGCCACCGGAGCACAAUUUCUGUUCUCAUCCUGAAGCAAAGUUCUUAACCUGAAGCACUAUUUCUGGGUUAGUGGAGUCUGUAACCUGAAGCGUAUGUAACCUGAGGUACCACUGUACUACUUUUCAUUGACACGAUGCUGGAGCAGUUCACAAUAUAUAAAGACAGUACAACAAAAUGCCCAUAAUAGCAACACAAUGUCAUUCAAACCACUGUAAACAAUAAUACAUUAUAACCAAGCUGUGAAUUACUAGCCGGUAAACCCCACAAGGAGAGGCCAUAGCUCAGUGACAGAGUUUCUGCUUUGCAUGCAGAAGAUUCCAGGCUGGAACAAGGCAUCACUAAUUUGCAGUUGACACCCAGUUAUAUAACAGCUGAGCCAGGUAUGAGUGUUUGAAGUUUGUUUCUUUGGAAAGUAUGUUUGUUUCAGUGGUGUUUCUACUUGUUGCGUUUUUUAAAAUGAUUUUGGAAACAUCCCUUCUGGUACCUGUACUUUCUUCCUGGAACGUAUGCUGACUAGAAAUAACUCCUACACCGGAAAUGAAGAUAACCAAAUGUUAACAUUAUGUAAAGGUAUGAGGAACUAAAGAGGAAGAGUUUUGUGCUUUGCUCCAUCUGCAGAAUUUUAUGCCAAGGUUAUUAUUUCAAUGACUGCAAAAGAUAUAAACUUUGCAUCUGAUGAGCUGAUCACUUGGAGAAGGCCUGAGGUCCUUCUCUCCUUGGCUAGCUGUGUGAGGGUUCAGUAUGCCACUGUCAAUAUCAGUGAAAACAGGUGCAGCUGAAGCAAACCAUCUUUUCCUUCCUCUGUCGGACUUCAAAGCAUUCUAAAGAAUUCUCAGGUUAACCUGCUCUAGCAACAACAGCAACAAAGAGUUUUCUAGUGGCAUUUAGCUAACAUAUGAAGUCUUAAGUUGGAAAGUGUCUAUUUAUUUAUUGAAAACAUUUUUAUGCCACAAUUCAGCCACAAUUCAGCAGAACUUCCAGGGCAGUUUACAUAAAAACCCCCAAAACCAAGAUACCCCAAAACCAAUUCCCCUCUCUGCAGCAAUCUGUUAAAAAAAGGAAAUACAUUAAAACACCUGAAAGAACACAAAAGUUUUCUGCAUGGCCCUUAAAUGAUAGCAUUGUUGCCGCCUGUUGGAUAUCUCUGAUGGGGGAAUUCCACAAGGAACACAAUCACUGAGAUGGCCCCAAAAUGAGCAUUCACCUUGGUUAAUCGUUUAUGUUUUCCCCGCCUCCAGUUAAUUUGUUCAAACCUUGUUUUUCUUUCUUGUCAUCCAUUUAUACACUGGUAGUCAUUACAUCAUGUGGGUGAUCAAAUGUUGCCUGUUUGUCUCGUUACCAGCCUUCCAGUUAAAAAAAUAAAGAAAUUAUUCCCUUUUGUGCUUGCAUUAUAUUUUUGCAAAACUAAAUUUUACUGUUCAGCUUGAGCAGCCCAUGUGGACAUUGCAUUAAAAAGCAAAUUCAUUCUCUGGUUUGGAUGCUGGCUUUUUUGUCAUUAACAAGUGCAAAAUUUAUCCCCUUCAAUCUUAGAGUCUGAGAAUACGGCGAAUCCUCCGUCCUUUCUUCCUCCUUCAGAACUCUUCAAUGAUGAAAAAGACACUAAAAAGCAUCAAGAGGACAUUGCCAGAAAUUACAAGGUAAUAAGGAGUAAUAGAGCAACUAUCUUCCAGCCUGCAGAUAAGAAAUCAAUAAAUACUGUAGGCUUUACUUCCCCAUAGUGGCCCAGUUUGCGCACCACAGUUGUUUACCAUGACAUGUCAAUCUGGGAUGUUUUACUCCUGCCCGUAGCAUGUGGAUAAAACAGCCCACAUUUUAUGUCCAAUUUGUUUUUGGAAUGAUGAUUAUGGUUUGUAUGAGCAAAAUAAACCAUGGUCCCCACUUCAGACAUAACACUAAGCCAGGGACAGAAGAUGUUUUUGUCUUCUGUGAACCAGUGGGAAGUGAGAAAACAACCCAGAUUAUUGUGUUCAUGGUAAGCCUGGGGUGGGGAGCCUGUGGCCCUCCAGAUGUUGUUUUACACCUCUCAUCAUUCUUGGCCAUAGGCCAUGCAACAUCUGGAAGGCAGUAAACUGUUAAUUAUGAUUUACCAUGAAGUAUGAGUUGGGUCACCACACUACCAUAACUAAGGGUAGAAAUUGGGAAUUGCCUGAAGGAAUGACUGGUUGGAAAUCAGUUGGAAGUGGAGAGAAGUCAGGAAAACCAUCUUGAUGAUAAUCUUCUGGCACAACAUUUGCAAGUUGAGGGUGAAUUUUGGGGUCUUUGGACUAUAGUGGAAACUUGUUGAGAGGGAUCUAUCAAGGAAAAGUUCUACAUUACCAUGGGAAGAUGUACGUCAGUGCUAUGUUCUUAUCCUCUUUCUUCCCAGGUUUUGACUAAAUUUAACUUAAAUGCCUUAGCCAAAGAAAUUAUUUCCUGAAUAGAGGGUAACUUCUUCUUCUUCUUCAAAAAUGCGUUAUUCUGGUUUAUUUGAAUGUUGUAGUCUGACAUCUCUCCAUUUGCAUCCUCCUUACAUUUUAAUGAAAGUACUAAUUUUGGCAUUUGUGCUUUCUCCCUUAUAGUGUUAUGCUGCUAUUAGCUGUUCACCUGUUUCUCUUUACCAUGUUUGGCAUGCUGCUGUUUGCUCGAACGAAGGUAACUAACAUGAACGAUUCAUGUAGGGUUUGGUUGUCUUGAGAGCAUUGUCAGAAAUGUUGGCAAAUGUAAUAAGUUUUUGGAAAAAAAAUAUUGCCCCUUUCUAUCUUUUCUGUGUUUCAGACAUAGUGUUAGACAUAGUGUUAAGGUCUGGAUUAUUUCCCCCCUUUAUCAGAAGGAAAUAAAGCUUGUGUGUACACACUUCGCUUUCCCAGAGUAUCUUUGUAAAAGUUGGAUCCAGCAGAAUUAGCCUGAAAAGCGGAUAUAGCUGAAAAAAGUGGGAAAGAGUAUCACUCCUCCAGCUUCCCCUUUUCAGUUCCCUCCCUCAGCUCUUUGCACUUUCCACGGCAGAAAGUGGUAAUCCCCCUUGCCAUAUCAUGACCAAUCAUAUAAGAGAAAUUACAUAUAUGAAAUGCUGCAGCAUGAUAGCUUUCCCCGCAAACUGUUCCCUCUAAGAAAAACUGAGGUGAUAGUUACCACAUGCAAACCACCACAAACUCCAAAAUAAAUGCCUGUGUAGAAGACGGAUGUCUUCAUUUCACUGUGUCUUUCUUGAAUCUUUGCACUCUGAACUUUGCUGUGCUUUCCCCCCUUGUGUAUUUAAAUACAGAGGUCUUAUUCCUGUGGGUAUAUGUGUGUGUAUGUGUGAACACACACAAGCCCAUGUAUAUAGUACUAAUAAAUGUUUGGUACCAAUUCUCUUUUUUUUUUUUUUUUUAAUAUAAUUUUUUUAUUGAUUUUACAGACAAGUUUUAUACAAUACAAACAAAUAAAAAGACAUACAAACAUGUAUAGUUUCAUAACCUUUUUUUUUCAUAACCCUCUCUUCUCGGACUCCCCCCAAACCUCCCCUUCCUACAUCCCAAUUUCCAAAAUUAUUUCAGCAAAUUCUAAAUAAUUUUAUCAAAUAUAUUUUUCUUAUUUUUUUUUCUUCAACUUAAUCUUAUGUCGCUGUAAUCUCCUUUUCUUUCUCCAAACCUCGACAUUUUAACAUUCCUCAAUUUUAUAAUAGUUCUUUAGAUAGAUUUUAAAUUUCUUCCAAUCUUCUUCCACCGUCUCUUUCCCCUGCUCACGGAUUCUGCCAGUCAUCUCAGCCAAUGUCAUAUAGUCUAUAACCUUCAUCUGCCACUCUUCCAAGGUGGGUAGUUCUUCUGUCUUCCAAUACUUUGCGAUGAGUAUUCUUGCUGCUGUCGUAGCAUACAAAAAAAGUUCUGUCUUUCUUUGAUACCAAUUGGCGGCAAUGCCCAAGAGAAAGGCCUCUGGUUUCUUCAGAAAAGUACAUUUAAGUACCUUUUUCAUUUCAUUAUAUAUCAUUUCCCAGAAAGCCUUAAUCUUUGGGCACGUCCACCAAAGGUGAUAAAAGUACCUUCAGUUUCUUUACACUUCCAACACUUAUUAUCAGGCAAAUGAUAAAUUUUUGCUAGCUUGACUGGAGUCAUGUACCACCUAUAGAUCAUUUUCAUAAUAUUUUCCUUUAUGGCAUUACAUGCCGUAAAUUUUAUACCGGUGUUCCACAACCAUUCCCAGUCAGCAAACAUAAUGUUAUGACCAAUGUCCUGUGCCCACUUAAUCAUAGCUGAUUUAACUGUUUCAUCUUGUGUAUUCCAUUUCAGCAGCAAAUUAUACAUUCUUGACAAGUUCUUAGUAUUGGGUUCUAACAGUUCAGUUUCUAAUUUUGAUUUCUCCACCUGGAAGCCAAUUUUCCUGUCUUGUUUAUACACCUCCAUUAUUUGAUAAUAAUGGAGCCAAUCUCGUACUUUGGGUUUCAAUUUCUCAUAGCUCUGUAGCUUCAACUUAUCUCCAUCUUGUUCCAAAAUUUCCCGAUACUUUAGCCAUUCGGCUUCCAUAUUAAGCUUUUUCAACGCCGUAGCUUCCAAAGGUGACAACCAUCUAGGGGUCUUACUUUCCACCAAAUCUUUAUAUCUUAUCCAAACGUUAUAUAAUGCUUUCCUGACAAUAUGAUUUUUAAAGGCCCUAUGCACCUUAAUUUUAUCAUACCAUAAAUAUGCAUGCCAACCAAAUGUAUUGUUAAAACCUUCUAAGUCCAAGAUGUCUGUAUUCUCGAGGAGCAUCCAUUCUUUCAGCCAGCAAAAAGCUGCUGCUUCAUAAUACAGUUUUAAGUCCGGCAGGGCAAACCCCCCUCUUUCUUUUGCAUCCGUCAGUAUUUUAAAUUUUAUUCUGGGCUUUUUGCCCUGCCAGACAAAUUUCGAAAUAUCCUUCUGCCACCUCUUGAAACAGUCUAUCUUGUCUAGAAUUUGUAAUGUUUGGAACAAGAAUAGCAUUCUAGGCAAUACAUUCAUCUUAAUAACUGCAAUUCGGCCUAACAUUGACAAUUUCAAAUUUGACCAUAUUUCUAGAUCUUUUUUAAUUUCCGACCAACAUUUUUCAUAAUUGUCUUUAUACAGGUUCAAAUUCUUAGAUGUCAAAUAAACCCCUAGGUAUUUCACCUUCUUUACCACUGUCAAACCUGUUUCAUUCUGAAACUUCUCCCUCUCCAUGACUGUUAAAUUUUUUUCCAAAACUUUAGUCUUUUGUUUAUUCAAUUUAAAUCCAGCUACCUGGCCAAAUUCUUGCAUUAGCUCCAACACCCUUUUUGUACUAGUGUCUGGCUCUUGUAAAGUAAGUACUAAAUCAUCUGCAAAGGCCCUUAACUUGUAAUGUUUAGCUCCGACCUGUACACCUUUAACCUGCUGGUCAUCUCUAAUCAUAUUUAGCAACACCUCCAGAACAGAAAUAAAAAGUAAUGGGGAAAUAGGGCACCCCUGUCGUGUCCCUUUCUCUAUUUUAAAUUCUUCAGUUAUCACAUUAUUUACAAUCAACUUAGCCUUUUGUUCAGUGUAUAUGGCACCCAUACCAUUCUCGAAUCCUUGGCCUACCCCCAUCCCAUGAAGAUUCUUUUUCAUAAUUAUAAUAUCUGGAAGUCAGUCCAUCUGGUCCUGGAGAUUUGCCCAGUUGCAUGUUUUGAAUGGCACCCUCUAUCUCUUGAUCUGUUAUUCUCUGAUUUAGAUCCACCUUACUUUGGUGAGAGAUUUUUUGUAUUCCAUACUUUUUAAGAAAUUCUUCUAUAUCCUCCUCCUUCUGUGGUCCUUGUGAAUAUAGUUUUUAAAAUAACUCAAAAACAAUUUCUUAUCUCGUUAGGUUUAGAUAUAUUCUUUCCAUCCACUUCUAGGCUUGUAACUGUGUUUAGUUUCUGUCUUUUCUUCAAUUGCCAAGCCAGAAGUUUACCACAUUUAUCUGCAGAUUCAAAUGUCUUUUGUCUCAUUUGUUUUAUCUUCCAUUCAAUCUCUUGAUUCAUCAAUUCUCAGAGUUCAACAAACCUGUAAUUUAGUAUCUCUCCUGAGCUGAGUAGUUUAAAACAAUGUAACAAUCCAAGUGACAGUUCACUGACAGUUCUCUCUCUCCAGGUUCCUUUGCCCCGGCAGUCCGUUUCAGGGGUGUUUGACACAGUGGUGAAAAGUUUUUAAAGUCCUUUUCUGGCAGGUUCUAAUCACAGUUUCCUCCCCCUUGCUCCUGCCUACCAAAAGGGGGGGAAGUUCACAGUUUAUGUCUGGUUCUCUUAGCUCUUUGCGAUCUCUCAAUGGUUACAGCUUUUAAUCCUUCUUUGCUUUAUCCUUAUGCAGUCCGGGAAAGGCUGACUUCCUUACUUUAAGCCAAUCCCGUUUUCAGCCAAAUUUCAAAAGAUAGUUGUAAAUCCCAAUUAGGUCUCAGUCUUACUCACGAGUUUUACUUUAUAAUCCAAUUUUCAGGAAGGAAUCGGCGCUCUCCGGCUAUGGCGAUGCGGCUUCGCUUCACAAGCUGGGUAGCGGCUCUCAGCACCGCUUCUCCCCCCGCUGCCGUUCCGGAGCCUUUUUAAAGGCUCCCUUGCGAUUUCGGGGGGGCGCGAUGGUGCCCACCGAGCCUCCUUGUUCACAGGCUUCCGCGCCUGUAAUUUUUGAGGGUCCUCGCUUCGCCGUAGCGACAGGACCCGAACUUGUAAAGCAGACCCCCUCCGGAGCUCGGAGGGAAAUCCGCCAUUAACCGAUGGCGCCGACCGGAAGUCUGUUUGGUACCAAUUCUCUUCCAGCAUAUUCACUUGGAAGCUGACUGCUUGUAAGGAACAAAUCUCUGUAACACAGCUCCAGUUCUCAAGCAGAAGCGGAUACUUAAUCCUUUUGCUGCUUGAAUAUUUUCUAUUCUAGGUGCCCCCCCCCCCGGCUGCUUUCCUUCCCUCAGGUUUUUAAAAACGUGUUUGCUUUCUAAAUACAACAUUGGAAAAAAUAAAAGUCCAUUGGUUUUCUUGGGUUAUAGUUUGCAAAUAUGCCAGUUUAUGAUAACGAUACAAAAAUGAUAAAAUGUUAAAGAAUUAUAUAGAUAUUAAAAUGCAAUAUUAUAUCAAGAAUAUUCUUUUUUUAAGAGAUUCUGGCUUAAUUCUAGUCAUCUUAGCAUUCAUACACCAGCUUAGACAAGACCACUUUGGGAAGAUGCUCAUAUAUGAUGUUGUUAUGUGCAAGUAGAGUAGAAAAAGUGCCACCUGAGACUAGUUGUAUGUCUUGUGGAAAUUUAAUGAAUAUCAUGUUUUACAUUAUAUUUUUCUGAAGUACUCACCUGUCUCUCUGAAGCCAGAAGUAACUGGAUUUAUUGUAACAUUGUGUUGUGUGGCCCCGAUCUUCCACAGUCCUAUCUGCCUGAUAAGCUAGUUAUGUGUGUGUGUGUGGCAUCAUGCACUUGGGUCAGACAGUGUGAUCCCAGGACUUGUGCAUGCUUCUUAAAUGGCUGUGGCAGACUCUUGGCAUUGCUUUGCUAAUGGCUUGGCUCUCUGUGACUAGGAUGCCCAGCAGGACAAGGAAUGGCAAGGAUAUUUUCACAACUUGCCAGAUUCAUUAACUUCCCUGCUGGUACUGCUGACAACUGCAAAUAAUCCAGAUGGUAAGCAUAACUUUCUAAAUGUAUUCUGUCUCUCCCCCUCUCUUACUUUCUACUGUUAAGAGAAUUAAGAUUUGAGGAAAUUCAUGCUUUUCAUGGUGGUGCAAACUUUGAGACAUUUGGCUAGGAGUGUGAGCGCGAAUUAUUUCAUUUUCACUGUAUCUCAGGCCUGAUUUUACUACCAUAGAAAUACAGAAGACCCCCCCCUCCCCUCACUCUAGUUUUCCUUUAAACUUAUUUACUUACGGAUUGGAGUUCAUAAUGGGUUUUGACCUGUAGAGUAAGCUCUUAUCUACCCCAGUAUAAAUUGAAUUCUGAUUUCCUUUUUCAGUUUGUCUCUCUUCCCCAUGUUUCAUGCUGACUAACUGCUUCUUUUGUCUCUUCAAACACCUAGCAUGUUUCUCUGAUAGGUGUUCCUUGGUGUUUGCCUUGAUUUUUUAAACACUGUUUGGAGAGAAGAAGAAGUUGGCUUUGUGACUGGCAUAAAGGCUGGCCAUUUAGUAUUGUGCAAAUCUGGCUUCUAGCAAAAAAACCCCCUCAUAAGUAGAGGUUCGCCCUGAGCUUUAUCUGAAAAAUAAUUGUAUACAUAUGUUUUAAUGAGCACACUUCUUCAUUGGCCCAACAUAAGCAGUGUGUGUGCUUCUCUUUUUCAGCAUUUUAUAUAUUCAUUAUUACUUUCUAACCUUCUUUAAAAUUGUUGUACAGUGAUGAUUCCUGCCUACUCUAAGAAUCGAGCAUAUUCCAUCUUCUUCAUAUUCUUCACUGUAAUAGGUAAGCUGCCACUUCAUUUGAAUAAGAUCCCUAUGCAAGUCAUUCAGUGUGACCUUUGUUUUAUUUGUCUCUAUAUAAGGGUGUUUCCAGACUUCUUUGAGAUUGAUACUUCUCAUUCAUGCAUUUCCCCCCUCAGCAUCCACAGGACAUCAUUGGCAUUAAAAUAUCUCUCUCCCCAUUUUAACUCAGAUUUACAUUUUUUGACUGGUGGGGGAAGACUCUCUCUCUCUCUCUCUCUCUCUCUCUCUCACACACACACACACACACACACACAACCAGUUUGCAAAUUAAGCCUCUGUUUGGAAGCACCCUAACUAUACUCCCCAUCCUCCCCUGUAUUCUACCGAAGUUGUGGCUUUCUCUGGGAAAAUAAAAUAACAUUUAGGGACAGAAGAAAUUACCUUCCAUACACUAUUGACACUUAAAAUACACCUGAUUAAAAUUCAUUAUACUUUCAUACAUCGUAAAGUUAUCUAAGCCAGUCUUUAAAAAAAACAAGGUACCUUCUUCCUUCCUUCCUUUGGAAAGAGUGUACUAGAACGAACAGGUUUUAAAAUGUGGCAUUCAUACUUGUGGUAAAAUAAUUCUAGCAAAUUCCCAUUUUACCAGCUAACCUUGGGAAUUCUGCUUAUUGUUGCUGUUUUGAUGCAAAUUCCUAGCGACUUCAUAUGGGUCUCUGCUCAGUUUACAAUUGAACAAACACAGCACAGCUUCUAUAUUUUUUAAAGUAAAUAUUUUUUUCUUUUCUUAAGGGAACUUAUUUCUGAUGAACUUGCUGACAGCCAUAAUAUACAAUCAGUUUCGUGGCUAUCUUCUGGUGAGUAAACCUAAAUGACAUAUUGUUGAAAUGAUGAAACCUAGCAUGGGCUUCUGAGCAGCAAGUUCCUGCUGUUGGGGUAUUUCAACAGCCUUCAGGAAUCUGGGUUUUAGGGAGUCUUUGGUAGAAGAUUUUGGCUAUGGCAUGGACGAAUACAGCUGUGGCACAGUUGGCUCUCAUGUGCUUGUGUUUUAUGUGUGGCUGCUGCUGCAAGCACAUGAGUGGGUGCUUAGGGUCUUUCCCAUGUGAUUGCCACCUUAGGAGGGAGAUGGCAGAGUGAGGAAAAUCCACAUGCUUCGCUCCCUUCCACAUGUACAUGGUUGUGAUUUUUACGUACACAUUGCAGCUGUCUUGUGUGAUGGAGGUAGAAUCGUAUUCUUUAACAUUCAGAAAGCAAAAUUUGAGCAAACAUUUCCCAAGGAGAUGCUUAUCUGGCCACCUCACCUGGAAGCGUGAGAAAAUCAGUUCAGCCAAUGAAGAUGUUCUGAAAGCCAGGAGCUCAUGAUGGGCUUUUCCCCAGUGACUUUUUGUCUUGGACUUGCGCCUUUGAUUUGUGUUCUGCUCCAUGUGACACUUUCAAAACAGAGUGACUCUUCUCUAGUUCUUCGUGUUUUUCAUGCCUGUAACUUUCUCCUAUGUGUUGGUGGAUAUAUUUUUUCUUCCUGUUUCAGAAAUCGGUUCAAUCCUCACUUUUCCGAAGGCGCUUAGGAAUCCGGGCUGCCUUUGAAGUUCUUUGUUCUCUGAAGGAGACUUCUCUCAAUAAGAACAUGUGAGUGAAAGGUGUCAAGCACACAUAGGAUGGGUAGAGACAAGGAACAGAAGGUUAACGAUUCCUUCUCACACAUCGUAACUUUGUUUAUGUAGCUUGCGUGUCCAGGCGGAGACUCUAGCUCAAGUUCUUCAUAGAGUAAAAAUGGAUCCUGACUGCAAGGAAGCAAUCAUUAGGGUAGGAAUCACCUUUUUCACUUAAUGAGAAGUUGGAUUUCAUUCAAAAAAUGUUCUUGACCAACAACAUUGGUGUGUUAACUUCCAGUUUCUCUUGUAUAUGCAGAACCUUGAGUUGUGUCCCCCAGGAGGUCUGACCUCUGCUCAGUUUCAGUUACUCUUUGAUGAACUGGACAAACACAAAGUUAAAGAGGUAUGGACCUGGCUUUCAUUUAUGCCAGCUUUCCAGGUUCCCUCCAGGUGUGGUGGCCGAGGUAGAUAGGAGCUGUGGCCCAAAACAUCUGCAGGGUACCAGCCUGGCAAAUGCUGAUUGUACAUUUGGGGCUGGUGUACAAGUUUACUGAGAGUCGUGCUAUGUGUUAGUCAUGAAAGUUGUGUCUGAAUCAUGCAUAUAACUUUCCUCCCUUUACCUGUAGAAUUUAAAUAUUCACAUUUUCUAGCUUUGUUGAGUCUGAGAACUCUUGAAGGAGCUGCAGUUAAUCCUGAGUUGUUCUAAUAAAGAAUUGCUUGGAUAAAGUUGAUGGGAAUAGUUGUGAAUAGGGGUUUGUUUGUUUUUUGGUGCAUUUGCUUCUCUGCAGAACGGUAACCUUUCAAUUUCUGUUUCCUCUUAGCACUAAUGAUGUGUCUACUUGACUGUAGGACACUCCCAUACUUCAGUAGGAGUGGGGCUGCACUUCAAGCCCUGCCUUUGAUGGUGCAUCACUGUGUCUGCCUCAAUGGGCCCUUCAGGCAAGCAGUUGCUCACACAUCUAAGCUCCGUGCAACUGGGACACCCAAUGGCUUGGGUGUCCUGCUUGUGUAGAGCCUCUGUGUGUGGGCUGCAGAGGGUUCCCUUUUCAGACCUCUGUGCUCAAUAUGUGAAGGUUGGGGGCAGUUUAAUGGCAAGGGCAUAACACCAGUGAUGGGAAUAGAUGUGUGGCCUCACUCCUGCCACUACCCAAGGAGUGUUCUAUAUAUGGCUCACGAAUGCAUAGGGCUCCUGUGUUUCCUAAAUCUCAAAGCAUAUUUGGAAAAUCACUGCUCCCCUACCAAUAAAAGAAAGCAAAGCUGAACAUAAUAUAUUAUAGCUGGUCAGUGAGAUAUGAAUCCUUGCUUUCUGAUUAGGGUCUGACUGCUCCAAAAAAUGUGCAGAAAAUUAAAAAUUAAGAUACAAGACAAAGAUCCCCUAUGCCAGAGGUUCCCAAACUUGGGUCCCCUGCUGUUUUUGGACUACAACUCCCAUCAUCCAUAGCCAGCAGAAUCAGUGGUCAGGGGUGAUGGGAUUUGUAGUUCAAAAAGAGCUGGAGACCCAAGUUUGGGAAACACUGCCCUAUGCAUAUGAAAACUGUUCAGAAUACAUCUUUCCGCCAGUUAUAUAAGGUUCCCAGAGAAGGACUUCUAAAGAUUCCAGUUAGUAGUAAUGUUGAGCUGGCUCAAUGUGGUAAGAGGGUUUUUUUGUUGACUGAUUGGCGCAAAUAUGCCAUAACUGAUGCAAGAGAUUUGUACAGUCUAUCAUUUGAGCGAGAUCAUCUUCUACUGACUGUAGCCCUUUGAUUGAUGAUCAGUGCUGAUAACUGGAACUUUUGUUGCAUUUUUGGGGGGUGUUUUGUUUUUUUUAAGUUUUAAGCAAAUAAAUGAUUAACUGGGCCAGUGGGUAUCGUGUUGUGCCAGGGAAUUAAUCUUGUUGCACUCAGAGAUUUCUGGGUGGGGACGGUUUCCCUGUCAUCCUUUUCUUUUUGGUCUCUAAGGAAGGGCUGCAUACAGGUGUGGAGCUGUCACAGUGCUGUCGCAGCAGGCCUCAGGGAUGUGUAUCCUAAGUCAAAGAGAUGCCUCCUCAAGGCCAUGUGUUAUUGGAGAAACAGCAGGUCAUGUUGACAAGACUCUCAUAUCCUUUCCUUUCAGCGUCCUCACAGGCCAGAUUAUCAGUCACCUUUUCUACAGAGAAUCCAAAUUGUCUUUGGUCACCGUUACUUUGGCUAUUUAGGGAAUGCUGUUGCUGUAGCAAACGUUUUGUCUGUGUGCGUAAGUAUAACAUGUGUCAAACAGUAGUGAUUUUACAUUAAGGCAAGUUUUAACAGGGCAGUUUAGUAGCCCAGUUCUCUUGUCAUUUUCUGCGAAGCAACUGUUCUCAUAAGAAAAUCCCUACUGGAUCAGACCAAGACGCCAGGAAGCAUCCUGAUUCCACUUGCAGCCAGGCAGAUAUUCUUAGGAAGCACAGCGAUAGCCCUUUCCUGUUGAUUCUCCCCAGUAACUGAUAAUGUCGUGGUGGGGAACCAGUGGCCCUCCAGAUGUUGCCACACUGCAACUUCCAGCAGCCUUGACCAUUGGCCAUGCUGGCUGAGGUUGAUGGGAGUCCAACAGUAUCUGCAUGCCAGUUACAACAAAGCAAAGCAAAGCAAAGCAAAUCAGAUAGCUGCUAUUCUUGCUGUCCCUUGUGGCCUUUACAGCUAGAGAUUUCUUGUCUUCCUAUUGUGGGAUGCCUCAGUCUAUUGCAGGAAAGGAAUGAGAGAUGCAUGGAUAUGCUUUUAGGUAUGUCCUAACUGUUGAAGAUUCUCAAAAUAUUUGACUGCUGCCAUGGUCAGUAGGCGAGAAUGCAGUCUUUAUAAUUACGGUCUGUUCCUUUUUCUAUCUUGCUUUAUGUGCUAGGUGCCAGUUCAGAACAACUUUGCUCUGGACACUUCAUAAUGUUGUAGUUUAAAAGUUUGGUGCCAACUGACCAGUAUCCGUUUCUCUUCCCCUUAAGGUGGUCAUGGUACUAGAUGCAGAUAAGCAACCUGCUGCACGGGAUGACUUUUUUUUAGGGGUAAGGCCACUUUCUCUGGCUUUCUCUGUAAGAGUUGCUCUUCCAAAUGCUCAAUUCUUAAUGUGCAUCUCAAUUCUAAAUUUUCAAGGUUAUAAACUGUGUCUUCAUUUUCUACUACCUCCUGGAAAUGUCAUUGAAAAUUCUAGCACUGGGGUUAAAAAGAUACAUAUCUUAUCCAAGCAACAUAUUUGAUGGCCUUCUGACUGUAGUUCUGAUGGUGAGUAUUGCAACACAAGUUCCAUUCUGUUUUUUUUCCCCCUGUAAAGAUGACCACUGACCACAAAUUGUUGGCUGGAGAUAAGAUAGGAAAAGAGAAUGUACGUGUGACUUCACCCAGGCUGUGUGUGUGUGUGUGUUUUGCACAGUCAAAUCCGAAAAUAACUUCCUGUUUGUAAGAGUUUAAAAGUAUGACUGUGUUGGUUACGUUUCCUUCAUGGGUGAAAACUAUUUUGUUGGAUCAAGAAGAAAGAAAGAAAGAAAAACUUUUAGGACCUUGCUUGUAAUAAAGAUCCCUCCCCAGCAUGUUAACAGAAAAUUUGUUUCUAAUAGAUAUUUUCUACUACCUAAAUUUAAGUUAUUGAAUAGCGAUUGAAAUUGCUAUAACUUUGCUCUGCUCCUUCUUCUCAAAGGUUUUGGAGGUGUCAACAUUUGCUGUCUAUGGAUUUCCUCAUCGAGGCUGGUAUGUGCUCUUUGUAAGCAAUUUCAGCUAUCCAGAAACCAGCAACUUUUGAUGCUUUAACCAACAUCCACUUUGCUUCUUGCUAGAAUUCUUUCUGGGUAAAAGUGACCAGGAGCUGCCUCACAUCCAGCUCUAAAAUCAACUGUUGUUUUUCCCGAUAGUGGUUGAUUCUGGUAUCUCUUUAUUUGUAGGAAUAUAUUGAUGAUUAUGAUGAUGUGGGACUGUAAGGAGGGACAUAGUGGUUUAUAAUCUGUAUUACAUGGGGAUCUGAAAGUAUCUUCAAUGGACAGUAGAAAAUCCUUUUAGAGGAAAGAGCUGGCUUAGAGCCAUGGGGCUUUGUAUGAUCAUAGCCAAAAUGUUGUAUUUCUCUUCAGUCUCAAGCCCCUUUAAAAUGGAGUUUGAUAAGAGGGUUGCAGGCCAGUUGGAACAUUGCAGCUUGGAAAGGAUAGCAAAUAGGCAUGAUUUUCCUCCCUCACCCUCCCCACUGCCAUAUUAACACUUGAAAUAGUCACCGGUGAGUGUGAUCUGAGGAUGGGGAAAUGACCAUGCCAUUAUCAGCUUAUAACUCUUAAGGCAAAGGUGAUAAUUUAAGACUGUGUGGCAUUGUGUUCCUUUUCCCAAUACUGGCAUGAACACCUUGCUUGAGUAAGAUCACACUUUUAGUUGGCUUAGAAAAGCAGUUGUAGUUUAUAGUGUUGGUUCGUUCUCCCAGGUUUUUUGUUUGUUUUUUUGUUUGUAUCUUAAUUCUAGGAGACCUGAAAUGUUGGGCUUGCUCUCUCUGUGGGACAUGGUUCGCCUGGCAAACAUGCUGAUUGUGUUCCGAUUUCUGCGGAUCAUCCCUAACAUAAAGGUACUUCUGCUUCACUGUGUUGCUUUUAUCUGAAUUUUGGUUAUAGUCUCUGUUCUCAUAAGUAUAAGAACUAUUUUUAAAAUAAAAAAAAUCCUAAUGAUUCUAUCUCUUUUUCCAGUUCAUGUCCUUAGUUGCCAGUACACUGUUGGACCUUGUGAAAAACAUAAGAUCUUUCGCAGGGAUCUUAGUGGUAAGUGAUAGCCAAGAAAGAUUCAUUUCUCCUUCUAUGUUUCAUCUUAAUGAAAUAGAUUUAUAAAACAAUAUUUGGCAAUGGAAUAUAUGUAAGCAAACUCUGGCCACUCCAGUGGGAUCAGUAUGGUCACCAUUAUCACAGCAUUAUCUAUAAUAAUGUGUGGCAUCAUUUAUGGUUUGUUUGUUUUUUUAAUAUACAAGAUGCUUAUAUAAAAGUAAAUGGUGGUAGUCAGCUAAAUUUUACUCGUAGUAAAUCCAUUGAAAUGAUCAAGCCCAUUGGGCGAUCAGAGUAAAACUUAAUUGGCUACAAAUAAGAGUUGUCGUAAAGCAGAGCUUUCCAAACUUUUCACCUUGGUGGCACACUUUUUAGACAUGCAUCAUUUCACGACACAGCAAUUCAGUUUUACUAGCAAACCGGAGGUUAAACUAACCCCUUUCCAGCCCCGGGAGGAGCACUUACACACUGUAGCCAACACAUGAAUGUGUUGCUACACACAGUUUAGAAAGCUCUGUCCUAAAGGGUGAAGUGCCAUCUGUUGACAUAUUUAGGAAUUGCAAGCUGAAGAUAAAUCCCUCAAAUAGCUUGUCAGACAAUUUGUGGGAGUUUUCUAUCACGGAAGCGUAGGAACAAAUAACUAUCCCAGUAAGGCCAGAAGCAAAAGUUUGUUGUUUUUGUUUUAAAUAGCCACUUUCCUCCAACUGCCUGUGCCUCUGUUUCCUCUCUUGUUUCAAUGUGCCUAUAUUUUAGAUGGCAAAUCCCUUAGGAAAGGGGCCUGUCAUCUCUGAUCUGAACACAGAUAGCUGUUGGAAAUGUUCCUAUGAUUUAUUUAUUUAUUUAAAAUUGAGCAAAGGAAUAGUGGGCGUCAGGACACUGAGAAUCAUAAUGUGGCCAAUGAUUGUUCCACGAACCAUAAGCUAUGUGCUGCAGAGAAGCACAAGCUUCCUUUUUAUGUGUCUGUAUCUGUAUGUGCCAGUGGGUGUAAUUAGGCCUUUUAGAAAGUUUGACCACAAUCCUCAAAGCCAGAAAAGCAAGGCAACAAACAACACCGCUCACCCCACAGGAUAGCAUCUAUAACUUUGUUUCAACCAUAGACUUAUUAUACUUUUACGGACUUUCAAAGAUUGACAGACGUGUGUUCAUUUGUUUUCAAAUAUAUUAGAGAAUUUACAUUUUGUUUUUGUUGUACUAAAUCAUGUAUAUUAUGCAAUAAGAACUACAGUGCUAUCUAGUAUACUGGUCUUGUUGCUUGUGUUGUUUGUUGUGUUAAGUUUGCAACACAGGGGUUUGUUGUUCUGUAUUAGAAAAGCAAGGCAGGCAUUCAGAAAGGGCACAUGAUGCUGUCAUCUGAAUAAGCCCAGAAGGCACAUGAAGGAGCAUGCACCAAGAUCCUGGAGCGAGCCACCCAUCCGUGUAUGAAUCUGCUCCUAGGGCUUGUAUUUUGCUUCAGUGAGAUUACUACAGAGCAGGUGCUUUGAGGUUUUGCUGUCUUCGCUUCUUUUCCAAACUGCUUAUAUUAAAAUUCAAAAGUGAACAAAGAUUAGCGUGCUCUGGAAAACGUUGAGCUUACCUAUAAAAUGACUACCGUCUUGCCAGUGACUUUGCACUGGUAGCUUAUCAAUAGAAAAUAACUGAUGCCCAAUUCAUUCUUCUCCAGGUGGUUUUCUAUGCAUUUGCAAUAGUAGGGAUGGAGCUGUUUAGGGGUGCCAUUACUCCUACGGGAAGCAUCAGGUAAGUCUCACUUAAAUGUGGCUUUAAGGCAGAAUUUGUUGUAAUUUCCAUGUGCAAACAUAGCCAGCUGCAGAGCAGCAUCUCAUCUGGUCCUGCAAUGCAUUGUGCGCAAUAAUGAAACUACUUUACGCUUAUUUUCUGUUUAUAGCGGUGUCAAUGCAACAAAUGCCACUUUGCAGUGCGGCACCUUUGAACAGCUGCAGUAUUGGCCAAACAACUUCGAUGACUUUGCGGUGAGUGUUUUUAUUAGGGAUUUCUUGUCAUUUUCAACAUUUACCCUACCAGUUUGAGACCUACCAGUUUCCUCUCUUUGCUGUUGCUUCUAAAUCUCAAAUUAGAAUAAUCUCCAUUACGGCUCAUUUUUUCGUUCUUGUCCCUCAGGCAUCCCUGGUGACUUUGUGGGAUGUGAUGGUUGUGAACAACUGGCAGGUUUUCUUGGAUGCAUAUUCCAGAUACUCAUCUCCGUAAGUAAUGGGCAGAAGCUGUACAUUUGGCAGAUGUCUCCAAAGUAAAAAAGAUCUUUGCAUUUUGGGGGAAAGAGAAUUGGUCUGCUUCUGCAGUAUGGAGAGUGCCAUGUGCUGCUGCUUCAGAAACUCAACACAGAGAGAUGCAUUUUGUAGGCCCUUUAGAAAUAACCCCAUAGCAACCAGCAGUUAGUCCCUUUAUCAGGACCAACCAAGUGAGUGAGGUUUCUUAAAGUUCUCUACAACAUUUUGUUCUUUAAAAAAUAAAUACUUUUAUGGAUGAUAAAUGAAACCAAUAAGAACAGCAGAAUGAGACAAAUUGUACUGUUUGGUGGGCGGGUGAAUGGGGUGGGAGAAAGAGGCACAUAUCAGGGCAUGAUAGGAAAGCUCUAAAAUCUGCAGUUUUAAGAAACAGUGUAGGAUAACCCCCUAAUGGAGAUCAGGCUGCACCCAGGGUUAUGGGGACCAUGCUUAUUAUUUCAUUUUUUGAAAAUGUGUAAGCUAGGAGACCUAUCCCCAGUAGAACACAUGGAUCCCUUGUGAAGUCCAGAGCAAAAAUAAAGAGAAAUGGGAUAGUCUUAAAGGUGACCAUUCUGCUAGACAAAAAAGAACUCGAAUCUGCUCCAUGUCACUUACCAGGGCUAGUCUGUAUGUUUUGAAGCUCAUGUCUGUUCACACAGGCAUACAUAUUGGAAGAAAGCAUUCUUGGAAUGCUGUGUUUCAUCUUUCAUGACUGGGGAGAGCUGGGAUUGGAAUAUGCCCUGAUUGUGGAACUUGCAAUGCGGUGUUUUUUGAAUGACCUCCUCUGAAGGUCUGCCAGUAUGUGUGGGCUGCCUGUCCACCUGCAUGAGCAGCACACAUUGGGUUGAAUCUAGAGUUGAUCAUGCCUGACUAACUUAAAUCCCAUUUAUUUCAAUGGGCUUAGCCUAAGCAUCAUUAAGUCUGGAUCCAACCCAUUCAUUUGGAAUAAUAGGUGCUAUUUGAUUAUCUUUAAAUAUAUGUAUCUGUUUCCCUCCCUAGAUGGUCAAAAUUAUACUUUGUCUCCUGGUGGCUGAUUUCCUCUGUCAUCUGGGUCAAUCUGUUCAUUGCUUUGCUUCUGGAGGUAAUGCCGAUGGGCUUAAUUAUCCCAAGAGAAUUCACUUUUUGUUCUUCUUGAAGUAGCAAACCCUCUGAUGGAUAAAUGGAAUAGGCAAGCUAUGCUAUCGUACAGGCAGUAUUUGGAACACAAUGUUGUCAGUAUGCGGAUGAUGCCCAGCUCUUUCUCUCCAUUCCAUCUGAAUCAGAAAGGGCUGUUCAGUUGCUGAACCGGUGUCCGAAGGCAGCAACAGGCUGGGUGAGGGUCAGUAAACUGAAAAUGGAGCCUGACAAGAAGGAGGCCCUGUUGGUCCUUAGGGCUCAGGUUCAGGCACAGGCCUGUCAGCUUGUUCUGGACAGGGUAGCAAAUCACUUGAGAAAGCAUAUAUGUAGCUUGGGGCUACUCCUCAAUUCUAAGCAGUUGUUGGAGGCAAGGGAUGUCACAUAUACCCAGAUAAAGCUGGUUCACUGGCUGUGUUUAUUCCUAGACCAAGAGGCCUCAGUGGGCCUCAGUGACCCAUGUUCCUGGAUGGAUUACUGCCAUUCCCUCUACAUGGGACUAGUAUUGAAGAUGGCCCGGAAUCUGCAGUUAGUGCAGAACACUGCUGCCCACUUGCUGAACGAUAUGGCAAGAGAUAUACCACUGCUUUCCUCAGGGAACUGCAUUGCCUGCACAUGAACUACCAGGCCCAAAGUGUUAGAACCAGUGUACAAAGCCUUAAAUGACUUGACACCCAAGUACAAUGAAAACGUCUUUUUUUAUUUUGCUGAUAGCCAUUUAGACACAUCUGUACCUCUCCCAAACAAUAUUUAGACUGAUUUCAAAAGCUUUGUCCUUGCCUGGGCCACCUUACAUCCUGAGACUUAGAGCGGGUUCAAAUUGUCUGUCUUUUACUCAGCACAGAAAGGCUGCUGUGGUGAUUAGGGGCAGGUAAGUCAUGGAAGUUUCACCACCAACUUCCAUGAAAUCUGGGAAAGCAGAUUUCCACUGCUCCUGGUGCACCUCACUUUUAUGAGGCAUACAGCUAGGCUUCCAUGAAUGGUUGCUUCCAUGAGUAGAGUCAUGCUUGCCUGGUGGGUGUGGAGAUGAGAACCUCUCAGAAAGACCACCUGAAAUAGCCCUCUUCCCAUUCUUUCUCUUCACUGGCAGAAUUUUAUCCAUAAAUGGGACCGUCUCUGCCAUCGACCAUCUCUCUCAGAAGUUGAAUACCAGAUGACAAUGGAACUCAUGUUCCGGUGAGUAUGGAGUGCUUAAUCUUAUUUCCUGAUUUAAAACACGUUUUAAGGAGUAGUUGAAUGGCUGUUGACACUAGAAUUUCCCUAAGGGCUACGAAAUUUGUGUUCCACAAGUAUUGUUUCUUAACUCUAUUAAAGAUCAGAAUAUUCAAUAGGGACCAGCCUUAUAGACACAGUAUGGUCAAGACACAGUGUGGUACCAGAUUUUAGAAAGAUGUAUUAUUUUCCCUGAUUGAAAGAGAGUGAAUCCCCUUUUGAUGUUGGAUUCUUUUAUAUUCUCUGCAAGAGCAUAUGGGAUAACUGUAAAACAUUUUGUGGGUGAACUGUACCUUGAAGACCAACUUAGAAAGUGUGUGCCACCACAGAGGUUAUUAAUGUAACAAGGCUACACAGGAAAGUACUGAUUAAUAAAAGACUGGGUCAGGAGUUUAUUUCUUCGGACAAGGUUAAAAAAAGAGGGGUAGUGAUUUAUGCAAAGGAGAGACUAUUACUGAAAUUUAUCUUUAAAGAUGACCAAGGAAGAUUCGUGGCAAUUGAAAUUCAAACACAAGGAGAGAAAUUUUUGAUAGUAGGAGUUUAUGCACCAAAUGAGGGGAAAUCUGAAUUUUUUAAAAAGUUGCAUGAGACCUUGAUGGACUAUUUGGACUAUAAUGUGAUUUUGAUGGGAGACAUGAAUGGAGUGGUAUCUACACAUAUGGAUAAGGCACAAAGACAGGUAGUCACUAAAGACGGCAGAUUACCGAAAACUUUUUUUGAGAUGACAGACAACUUGGACUUAGUUGAUAUUUGGAGAACAAAGAAUCCCUUGACCAGAGAGGGAACCUUCUUCUCUGAAGCCAAACUGACAUGGACAAGAAUUGACCAAAUAUGGGUAACUAGAGGAAUGGCACCAAAGAUAAGAAAAGUGGAAAUCUGCCCAAAAACCUGCUCCGACCAUAAUGCUGUAAAGAUGGAGAUGAAGCUAACACCAACUGGUUCCUUCAGAUGGAGGAUGAAUGACACCUUAUUCAGAGAUGAAGAAGUGUAUAAAAGGCCCAAAAACCUUGAGAGACUAUUUUGAGAUAAAUAUGAACACCAAUGUGGAAAAAGAGUAAUCUGGGACGCUAGCAAAGCUGUUAUGAGAGGGUUCUUGAUACAACAGAAUGCAUUAAAGAAGAGAAUUCAAAAUGAGAAGAAGGAUAAAAUUUUGGAGAAAAUAAAAGAAGGUGAAAAGAAAUUGAGAGCAAAACCUAAGUCGCAAGAGAUUUUGAGAGAAAUAAAAUUAUAUCAAGUACAAUAUAUGAAAAUGAUCAAUCAGGAGAUAGAAUGGAAAAUUAAACAAAUGAGACAAAAAACAUUUGAGUCGGCUAAUAAAUGUGGGAAAUUGUUGGCUUGGCAAAUGAAAAAAAGACAAAAAUUAAAUACAGUUACAAAUUUAGAAGUGGAAGGAAGGAAUAUACAGAACCCAGCCGAGAUUAGAAAUUGUUUCCAGAGGUAUUUCAAACAACUAUAUACACAAGGACCACAGAAAGAAAAUGAUCUAGAUCGAUUUUUGAAAACAAAUGGAUUACAAAAAAUCUCUCAGGAAAGUAAAUCAAUGUUGAACUAUAAAAUAACUGAACAGGAGAUAGAAGGUGCCAUUCAGAAUAUGCAACUAGGUAAAUCUCCGGGACCGGAUGGACUGACCUCUAAAUAUUACAGAUCCUUAAAAGAAUGGUUGGUACAACCUUUGAAGGAAGUCUGUAACGAAAUAAUGGAUGGGAAAAGGGCACCAGAGUCGUGGAAAGAAGCGUAUAUUACACUUGUACCGAAAACAGAGACUGAAAAGACACAACUUAAGAACUACCGUCCCAUCUCAUUGCUUAAUGUGGAUUAUAAAAUUUUUGCAGACAUUUAAAAAAGUGUCAGUGGAAGAGAUUCAUAAAGACCAAGCAGGCUUUCUCCCGGGUAGACACUUAUCGGAUAAUGUGAGAAACAUAAUUAACAUCUUAGAAAAAUUACAAGUGAACAUAAAUACUAAAGCAGUUUUGAUAUUUGUGGACGCGGAGAAAGCUUUUGACAAUAUUUCCUGGAGCUUUAUGAAGAAGAACCUACAGGGGAUGGGGGUAGGCCAAGGCUUUGAAAACGGUAUAAGUGCAAUUUAUUCAGAACAAAAGGCUAAACUAAUUGUAAAUAAUGUGGUGACGGAAGAAUUUAAGAUAGAAAAAGGGACACGACAAGGUUGCCCAAUCUCCCCAUUGCUUUUUAUAUCGGUCCUGGAGGUUUUGCUGAAUAUGAUUAGAAGGGACCAGUUGGUUAAAGGUAUACAAGUCGGAGCCAAACAGUACAAAUUGAGAGCAUUUGCAGAUGACUUAGUAUUGACGUUACAGGAGCCAGAAUCUAGUACCAAAAGGGUUUUAGAACUGAUUCAAGAAUUUGGUCAGGUUGCAGGAUUCAAACUGAAUAAGUUAAAAACCAAGGUUUUAGAGAAAAUUUAACACCGAUUGAGAGAGAGAGGUUUCAGAAUGAGACAGGCUUAACAGUGGUUAAGAAAGUGAAAUACCUGGGGAUUAACAUGACAGCAAAAAAUGGGAAUUUAUUUAAAGACAACUAUGAAAAAUGCUGGGCUGAAGUGAAAAAGAUUUAGAAAUUUGGUCAAAUUUGAAGCUUUCACUGCUGGGUCGUAUUGCUGCGAUAAAAAUGAAUGUAUUGCCUAGAAUGUUGUUUUUGUUUCAAACAUUGCAAAUUGUGGACAAAAUGGACUGUUUCAAGAAGUGGCAGAGAGAUAUUUCUAGAUUUGUCUGGCAGGGCAAGAAGCCUAGAAUAAAAUUUAAAAUACUAACAGAUGCAAAGGAAAGAGGUGGAUUUGCCCUGCCAGACCUUAAACUUUAUUAUGAAUCAGCAGCUUUUUGCUGGUUGAAAGAAUGGCUGCUUCUGGAAAACACAGACAUUUUGGACUUAGAAGGUUUUAACAAUGUAUUUGGGUGGCAUGCAUAUCUGUGGUAUGAUAAGGUCAAAGCACAUAAAGCAUUUAAAAACCAUAUUGUCAGGAAAGCAUUGUUUAAUGUUUGGAUAAGAUAUAAGGAUCUACUUGAAAAUAAAACUCCAAGAUGGCUGUCACCGAUGGAAGCGAAGGCUCUGAAAAAGCUCAAUAUGGAGGCCAAAUGGCCGAAAUAUUGGGAAAUUUUGGAACAAGAUGGAGAUAGAUUGAAACUGCAGAGUUUUGAGAAAUUAAAAAUCAAAGUGCGAGACUGGCUUCAUUAUUAUCAGAUAAUGGAGGCAUAUAAUUUGGAUAAGAAAAUUGGCUUCCAGGUGGAAAAAUCAAAAUUAGAAACAGAACUGUUAGAACCCAAAACUAAGAUUUUGUCAAAGAUGUAUAACUUGCUGUUGAAAUGGAAUACUCAGGAUGAAACGGUGAAAUCUGCUAUGAUUAAAUGGGCUCAAGAUGUUGGACAUAACAUAAUGAUGGCUGACUGGGAACAGUUAUGGACCACAGGUAUGAAGUUUACAGCAAGCAAUGUCUUAAGAGAGAAUAUUAUGAAAAUGAUAUACAGGUGGUACAUGACACCAGUCAAGCUUGCAAAAAUCCAUCAUUUGCCCGACAAUAAAUGUUGGAAAUGUAAAGAAACUGAAGGUACAUUCUUUCACCUUUGGUGGACGUGCCCAAGGAUUAAGGCUUUCUGGGAGAUGAUCUAUAAUGAAUUGAAAAAGGUAUUUAAAUAUACCUUCUUGAAGAAACCAGAGGCCUUUCUCCUGGGCAUAGUGGGCCAAUUGGUGUUAAAGAAGGAUAGAACUUUCUUUAUGUAUGCCACAACAGCAGCAAGAAUACUUAUUGCAAAGUAUUGGAAGACACAAGAACUACCCACUCUGGAAGAAUGGCAGAUGAAGGUGAUGGACUACAUGGAAUUGGCGGAAAUGACUGGCAGAAUCCGAGACCAGGGAGAAGAGUUGGUGGAAGAAGAUUGGAAGAAAUUUAAAGACUAUCUACAGAAAUAUUGCAAAAUUAAUGAAUGUUAGAAUGAUGUUAGAAUGAAGUUAGGUGGUUUAAGCAGUAAUGCUAUAAAGGUGUAUGUAAAAAUGGAUUGAUAACAGGUGAAAAUUUAAAGUUAUAGUAUAUUAAGUUAAAGGAUUAAGAGAAAAUAAAGAGGGAAAGAAAUUGCUGAAUUAACUAAUUGAAUUGGAAUACAAAAAAGGGAGGUAUGAGGUCAGGGAAACAAGGAUAUGAAUGUAAGGCAUGGAAAGAUUGAUCUAUUUUUUUUUAAGUGUUGUUUUAUUCUUUUAUUCUGUAUUUUGUAUUUUGUAUUUUUCUUGUAUUUUUACUUCUGUCUUUUGUUUUUGCUUUUCUUGUUUUUAUGUAACUCUCUUUUCUGAAACUUUAAUAAAUAUCAUUUAAAAAAAAUAUGUUCAAGCGACUGUAGAAGUUGCAUCUAGAGUAUGUAAAGGUAAAGGGACCCCUGACCGUUAGGUCCAGUCGCGGACGACUCUGAGGUUGCGGCGCUCAUCUCACUCUAUAGGCCAAGGGAGCCAGAGUACAGCUUCCGGGUCGUGUGGCCAGCAUGACUAAGCCGCUUCUGGAGAACCAGAGCAGCGCACAGAAACGCCGUUUACCUUCCCGCCGGAGCAGUACCUAUUUAUCUACUUGCACUUUGACGUGCUUUCGAACUGCUAGGCUGGCAGGAGCAGGGACCAAGCAAUGGGAGCUCACCCCGUUGCGGGGAUUCGAACCGCCAACCUUUUGAUCGGCAAGCCCUAGGCUCUGUGGUUUAGACCACAGCGCCACCCGCAUCCCUCAUAUCUAGAGUACAUAAAGGUGUGCAAAAUCUGCGCUGAGACAUUAGCUCUGUUGACUUCUAAUGGCUCCUGUUUUGACCUUCUAGGGAUGUUUUGGAAGAACCUACAGAAGAAGAGCUAAUUGAAAAACUUCACCAGCACCCACAUAUGCAUCUAUGUAGAUGACACAGGUGGAAGCAGCAGUUUCUCCUCGUCAUGCCUGCAUGCAGGUUUUGUAGCAGAAGGAAAGAUAUCGGGAAUCUUUCUGAAAGAAGUACUCUAUAUCUUUGAUUUUAUUUUUGAAUGGUGCCUGUAGUACAUGGUCUUUAAAGGUUUGUUUUAAAAGGUUCAUUUAAAACAUUUUUUUUAAAAAAAUCAUAAUUUGACUUUAUUUUAAAUUGACUUUUAUAAGCUUAUGGCACUGUCACAUUAAAAAUACAGAACUUUAAAAAUCUGGGAAAUAAUGUGACAGAACAAUUAAGUCUUUUAAAGAAGGGAAAUGCAUUAAUGACACUGCACUUUAGAAUGGAAACUGUGGAAGAUGUAGAACUACUAUGCUGGCUUGCUGCUAGCAUUUAAAAACAUAAACUCUGUAAGUUGGACUUAACUUUUUCUGUUAUUUUUGUGUGUGUGAUGUGCCAUGGACAAUGCCUUGAUAACGGGGAAAGUUCUUGGAAAAUAGCAUCUUUUUUCUUUUAAAAAAGUAAAUAUUUAAUGCAAAAGCGUGAGGAUUGAAACAAGACGCCAUUAUCCUGGGAAUUCUUUUCCAAUAUCACCUGCUCCAAAGUGGUAAAUCUAUAACUGUGUAUACGCACAUAAAAAACGCAAUCUUCUCCAAAAUUCUAGGUGCUGUAGUUUUCCCCUUAGAGAACUGCAUUUCCUAUCAUCAAUGAAUGAACUAUAGUGCCCAGAAUUCUUUGAGAGGAAAAUAUGCUUUGAAUGUGCUUUAACGGUAAAGUGUAUAUGCAGCCUAGGUUAGAAUGAAGAAUAAUGCAGUGCCAGUACAGCAUCUUCAUAGCAAUUGCACUCAGUUGUACCUGUUGCUGGGUUUACACUGAAGCGGUUUGAGAACCGCAGACCUGCUUUCCCUAUUUUAAAUUCCCACACAUGCCUUAUUAAAUGGAUUGGCAGUUUCACAAUAGUUGAGCAUGAUGGAUUGUGCCUCCUUGUUGUUGUUGAUAUACAGAUAUAUAUAUUUAUAUGCCUUGUUGCAAUAAGGGAGACAUGUGCAUUGAAGCAGGCUUCUUUGCACAUAUGCCAUGUCUUGGUUUGGGAAACCUGUGGGCAAAUUUGAUGCUCACCAGGUUUCUAGGAGGAGCCACCUCAUUCUUGCAGCAUGGAGGAGAACACACAGCCUCAUUUGCUUUCUUAGGCCGCUAUCUGAUCAUGCGCAAUGCCUUGUGGAACAUGACUGCAUCUGAAUUAGGACCACUAUGGUUUUUAUAUGGCAAGUAGAAGAUGAGAGGGAGCACCCCUUUGCUCUUAGGGGUUUUGCUUCUACACAUUCAUAAAAUUGUUAGACUGCCGAGUGCAUGUUUCAUUCCUAAUUGUACUACCCUGCCAUAGUUCUGGCUAUUCCCAUUAGCAUCCUUUUGUUUCUCAGGGGUUUGGUUUUUUGCUAGAACGUUACAUAUGGGAUCUUGAGGUUGCAUGGAGCUAUAACUUCCAUACAUUGCCAUGCUUACGAAGACUGGUGCUUAAAGCCAUGUUUCAAGUGUAGACUCUGAAGUUAUUGGCAGUGUGAAAUAAAACUUCUCGAUAGCCUUUGGUAUUUGGACUAUUGCGUUGCUGUUGAAUCCCAUUAGACAAAGGUGAAACCAACAUCCAUUUUAUAUUAGUAAAAUGAGAAUUUGAGGCUGUUGUGCCAUCAAAUUUUAAAAAAUGAGAAUUACAGUAGGAAAAUCUCAGUGCUUUUAAUUGUAGUAGUAGUCUAAAUAUUUUUCUUGGGCAUUUAGACAAAAUUCUUUUGUGCAGGAAUGAGCUGUGGUUCCAUCACAGCAUGUGUGCAAUAACUUGGGAUGCGAGUCCUUGAUAGAGUCCUAAAAAUACAGUUUUAGAAGUAAAAGUAGUUCAUUACACCAUGAUACAGACAGCAGAUGUUAUGGAGACUAUCCCUGCUGGUUAAGGAGUUCUGUGUUAUGACACAUUGCUUCUGAUAUCCAUUCCUGUGAUUCAUUUAGUCAGCAAGAGCUAUUAAAUAGCCCCUUUCUGUUAUUUUCAUCAUAAGGCACGCUCUGCCCCCUUUUCCCCAUUCUCCUUGUGAACUUCAUCUAGCAAGUAGAUUCUAGAUUCAUAAGCAGUUCUAAACCAAUAACCUCUUGGCCAUUGCAAUCCUGAAUUUUUAAUUUCUUUAAACUGUCUGCUGGGAUCCUUUUUCCUCUUUAGACAUGCUGUGCAUAGCUUUGAGGGUUUAGUAACUUGGAGGUCCAGUGCCAGACCCCUGAGAGGUGCCACCUGUCCCCAAACCACAACCUGGAGGGCGGGGGGAAGUGUACAGAAAAUUGAACAGGGACAUCAGAAUGUGUUGAGUAACCUGCCGCAUAAAUUAGGGAAACUGGCACACCACGUUCAUUCCUCAGGAAAACAGUUCCAAUCUUUGCAGUUGACAAGCAAAUGGAAUUGUAAAAAAGAAGCAAUGAGUAGUGAUCCCUUUGUAGCAAUUUCAUAUGUAUGCGCCAUUAUACCAGCCCUGGGAUUAUUCCUGUCUUAGCAUCAGUAGAACUCUUUCAGGGCAACAUACAUGUUCAGUACAGUCAUAUGGUAGAAUACUUCCAGCCAGGGUUGGAUUUAGGUUUGAUGAGGCCCUAAGCUACUGAAGGUAAUGGGGGCCCAUUAUAUGUCCAGCUGUCCUUUGUCAACAACAAAUUUCCACUGUUUUUUGUUUUGAAUAUAUGCUAUAUGGUAAUUUAUGGACCUAAUAGGUAUCUAAAGUCAUUUGCACAUAACAAAUAUAUUUUAUCAAAGUCUUUGAUCCAGUACAUCCAGUUUAUUUUCCCUUUACAUUUUUGGGGGGCCUCCAAGAGAGUGGGCCCCUAAGCUAUAGCUUGCUUAGCUUAUACGUACAUCCGGCACUGCACCACUUCAGACUGCACAUAAAGGAUUGCAGUUCUGAAUGUUCCCCUCAUACAAAAAUAAAAUAAAAAUACGCCUGUGUGUACAAGGCUAGCACACUGGGAAUAACGAACAUGCCAUAGCUGUCUCUGUGACAUGCCAGAUUAAUUUACCUGGUUCUUCAUUUAUAAUAAACUCAUGGGAACUUUGGGACUUUUUUUUGAUGUUUCUCCAUCUAAUAAUGGCUAGGGCAUGUCUUAACUUAGUUUCACCUUUAGUUGUGAACAGUAUGUCUCUGUAAUUUUUCACCUUUUCAAAUUACAAGUAAAAUGGGCAUUUUUCUAUACUCUUAACACCAGUUGGGGCUCCCAAAAAGUUCCUCUUAUGCAACUUUCAAUAAAAUAAAAUAGUGCCAUUUGACCAGUACAAUGUGCCCAAUAUAUCAAUGCAACAUACCUUUUAUUCAUGCUCUGGGAUCUUUUAUAGAAAAACCACUAGGAUUGUGUAUUUUGUGAUUUUUAAAAAUGCACUAAAAAUUAAGUCUAUCAAUGCAAUUCCAUUACUGAGAGCACAAGAAUUUGAAUGUAAUUACUUGUUAAUAUAGUAAAAUAUUUUUG